AAACAAAAAUCAUUAUCCAUAUCUUUGCCAUAGCAUUGUCAGAGAGCCAACAAGAAAGGGAGAAAAAUGGCUCUUCUCUGUCAUUGUAACAAUGUUUCCUUUUCUUCCAAGCAAUUUCCACUGAGAAAACCACCCAAGUCCCCUCUUUGCUUCAUUAAAGCUCACUCUUUCUUUAACUAUCCUACACCCAAGGUUUUUGAGGAGAAACUUGAAAAGGUUUCAUUUUCUUUAGGAGAAUCAUUUUCAAAGGGUAGCUUGCUUGCCCUUGUCUCUGCUUCUAUCCUCUUUGUAGAUCCUGCACUUGCUUUCAAGGGAGGAGGGCCUUAUGGGGCUGAAGUGACGAGGGGACAGGACUUAACGGGUAAAGAUUUUAGUGGAAAGACUUUGAUCAAGCAAGAUUUUAAGACGUCCAUCCUACGACAAGCCAAUUUCAAAGGCGCAAAGUUGCUGGGUGCUAGCUUCUUUGAUGCUGAUUUGACAGGGGCUGACCUUUCAGAUGCCGAUCUUAGAGGUGCAGAUUUUUCUUUGGCAAACGUAGCAAAGGCAAAUUUAAGCAAUGCAAACUUGGAAGGUGCACUUACUACUGGGAACACAUCAUUCAAAGGAUCAAAUGUAACAGGUGCUGAUUUCACAGAUGUGCCUCUGAGAGAUGAUCAACGUGAAUACCUUUGCAAAAUUGCAGACGGGUUGAAUCCAACAACUGGAAAUGCAACGCGGGACACAUUGCUUUGCAACUAGUAGUACAUUUCUCAUGAAUGAUCUUCUAGUGAAAAAUAGAGAAUUGGCACUGCAGCAGUUUUGAUUUGAGGUGUGUGUAGCUAUUUUGCUGUACCAACUGUCAUAGGUGAUCAGUCAUGUCAUUUUCGUCGUUGUCCAUGUUGAAGAUGCUUGCACUUACUUUGUAUGAUAAAGUGAGAACGUUUCAUGUUCAUAUAUCAGAUGAAUAAAACUGUAACUCUUUUUAACUCCUGUA